AUGGCCGGUGGGAAGCAGACAGAUCAGGGCAGCGUGGCCGUAGCGCACCGCGCGGCCGUGACACGAGACUACUACGUCAAGCCCCGAUUGGACUACUCAACGGUGAAGGGUGUGGAAGGUCCUAUCGUAAUCUUGAAUCAUGUCAAGUUCCCUAUGUCUUCUGAGAUCGUUAGAAUAACUCUUGGUGAUGGUUCUGUGCGUGAAGGUCAAGUUUUGGAAGUGAAUGGUGAUAAGGCGGUGGUGCAAGUUUUUGAGGGCACUAGUGGAAUUGAUAAUAGAUCGUGUCAUGUGGAGUUCACAGGUGACGUGAUGAGGAUGCCAGUGAGUGAGGAUAUGCUUGGACGGACAUUUAAUGGGUCUGGAAAGCCCAUUGAUAAGGGCAGUGCGGUGUUAGCUCAGGAUUUGUUAGACAUAAAUGGUUCCUCAAUUAAUCCUGCUUGUCGUACAUUCCCGAAAGAGAUGAUUCAGACAGGUAUCUCUGCUAUUGAUACCAUGAACUCUAUUGUUCGUGGGCAGAAGAUCCCAUUAUUCUCUGCUUCAGGUCUGCCACAUAAUGAAGUGGGUGCCCAAAUAUGUCGUCAGGCAGGUUUAGUACAGGGCAAGGACGUGUUGGAUCAUUCCGAUGAGAACUUUGCUGUGGUAUUUGGUGCUAUGGGUGUUAACAUGGAAACGGCACGUUUCUUUAGACAAGACUUCGAGGAGAAUGGAUCGAUGGAACGUGUGUGCUUGUUCUUAAACUUGGCUAAUGAUCCUACUGUCGAACGUAUUGUUACUCCUCGUAUUGCGUUGACUACUGCUGAGUACCUUGCGUAUGAGCGUGAUCUACACGUGUUUGUCAUUUUGACGGAUAUGUCAUCGUACGCCGAUUCUCUUCGUGAGGUAUCUGCAGCCAGAGAGGAAGUGCCAGGUCGUCGUGGUUAUCCUGGUUAUAUGUACACUGAUCUUUCAACUAUAUAUGAACGCGCUGGUCGUGUUGAUGGACGUAACGGAUCCAUUACACAAUUCCCUAUUCUAACGAUGCCUAACGAUGAUAUUACUCAUCCUAUUCCGGACUUAACCGGGUAUAUUACAGAGGGUCAGAUCUUUGUGGAUAGAGGUCUACAUAAUAGACAGAUAUACCCACCCAUCAAUGUGUUGCCCUCGCUAUCCCGUCUCAUGAAAUCCGGUAUUGGCAAAGGCUUCACCCGCGAGGACCACCCUGCAGUGUCUGACCAAAUGUACUCCAACUACGCCAUUGGCCAGGAUACCCGCGCUAUGAAGGCAGUCAUUGGUGAAGAGGCCCUUAGCGCUGAUGACCUACUCUACCUCGAAUUCACCGACAAGUUCGAAACACGCUUCCUAGCACAAGGACCCUACGAAUGCCGAGAUAUUUUCCAGUCUCUCGACAUCGCCUGGGAACUACUUAGAACUUUCCCAGAAGACAUGCUCAAGAAAAUCAAAAAGGAACUUCUGGACCAGUACUACUCCAGAGAGAAGUACCAACAGAAGUCCGGUCACUAA